AUGGGUUCUCCUGUGUCUUACUUCGACUACAUGUCACCCGUUCCCUAUUGUCUACUCUUUAUAUCGCUCAUGUUCUCCAUGAUUGUGAUGUUGAUGUCUGGCUCAAGCGUGAUACAUUGGCUGCACGCCAAUCGGCACUGGACUCAAGAACAACUCAAGCAAGGCAACUACUUCGUCUUGUCCUACCUGUUUGUCGAUAGUCACGCCUAUAUCCUUUGUCGCUUUGUCAUCCUGAAGCAAAGGGCCAAGCCACUCUUCGACACAAUCCAGCGCCAGUGUGAGGCAUGUGGAGAAAUCACUGGACGAAAUUCACAUGCAGCUGGCGGACUCGAAGAAGAUAAAUUUGAUUUGUUGGCGAAUCGUUCGUCGAAAGGAACCCGAAACCAAUUCAAUUCUGAUACUUUCUGGACGGGACAACAUCUCAUAGUACAAUAUUGGAGUGGUGUCGCGACUACCUCCAGCGUCGUCAUGCAUGCAGGUUUGAACUACAAGCAGCAGUGUCGCGUUCCCCAGUUCCUCGCUCGAGGUCCUUUCAAUGACUGGGGUUAUGACCAGGAUAUCUCCAGUGCGAUGAACCUAGUCAGCGAUGGCACUUGGGAGCACGAAAUCAUGGCUGCAUGGCCAACAUACCUGCAACUCAAUGUGUUUGGGUAUGAUGAUUACUACUACAGUGACGUCGAUGGGGACGGCAUUAUGGAUCGGCUACCACCUAACAGCAUUGCGCACAACUACCUGAACUUGUCGGCUCCCCCUUAUCCUGCGCUCACAUGGGCACUCAUCGUUGAUGAUGCCACGUUGGAGUGGACUCUUGAGCCUCGUGGCCAUGCUUCUCAUUGUAAGGAUUACCGAGCGGUUGAUGCCGGAAAUAGCCGAAGUACCGCUUACCUCUACCAUCAUCAUCGAAAUCUUCAACAUGGACCUCGUCUUCAUCCUAUCGUCAUUCCCCAUUAA